UCAUUUCCUCUGUCUCAUUCUCGAAAUCAACAAUGGAGUUUACGAAACAUUUGAUUGAUCAGGCCUCCAGACGGCUUUCGGGUGAUCUGGACAAAACCCAGAUGACCUGGUCCCCGGCCGGAAACCAGGACCUUAGAAUAAUAGCCACCACCACCAUCGGCAUCAUAUUAUUCACCCUCUUAUUCGCCUUGUUUAAGUGCUUGUCCCUAUCAAUCCACCGCUCUGCCUCCGUCCUUCAGACUUCCACCAAUGAAAACCCAUCACUCGAUGAAGAGCUCGUUGCGUUUCCAAUAAUCAUAUACGGAGUCCCGACGGAGGAAAACCCUUCAUCGUCAUUUGAGGCGGCGGAGGACUGUGCUGUAUGCUUAGAAAAGUAUGAAGACGGCGACGCGAUUAGGGUUUUACCUAGGUGUAAGCACAUGUUUCAUAAGGAGUGUCUUGAGAAGUGGAUUCAGGUGCCGUCGUUGUAUUGUCCCAUUUGCCGGAUUCAGAUGCUGGAACGAUCGAUUCAACCUCCAAGCACAAGUUGCACGGUUGCUAUUAAUCACGCGGAAGGUCACCUACACCAAAAUUGAAGAAUUACUGAAGAGUUAUGUCUUUAUUGACUUCUUCAAAAUAUCAAAUCUUGAUCAACAAAAUGAAAAGUAAAUCUCGUAGUUUUCAUCUUUAUGAAUUGGCAAAUAAAUUCUAUGAGAAAUGUGUUUGUCAAUGGUGCCUUUAUCAUGACCAGUACAUGUUGAAUGACUUCGUCUACAAGCAUCCGUAAGCGUAAAGCUCCUCUUUGAAUCUUUCAGGGGGUGAUUUGAGUGGUCAGUUAUGUGAAGGAUGAGAUUUAUGUUCUCCUUAUUUUGUGAAUGGGAUUAGAUGUUAUCAUCUUCCAUCCCUUUAAUCCUCAGCCAGUUAACUCAAAUUUUGAAUUUUUUUAAUUAAAAAUUUUAAUAUAA